CACCAACAUGACAAAACUAAAGUAAAAAGUACCAACAUUUUGAGGUUAUGUCAAAAACAAUUUGAAUUGUUUUUAAUUUAAUUUCCAGACUAGUGGAAAUGGAAGCUUUGAAAUAUUCCGUCGCUUGCACGGCACACAAGAAGUCUUCUCUGGUAAAAGUCCACGAUUGUAAAAUUUGUCCAUACGUUACAACAUCGUUUUUUCUGAUGAGGAACCACCUUCAGCGUCAUCAAUCACCCUUGGUAUCUUUUACCUGUGACAACCCGCUUGAUUCUUACCAUUGCAAAGACUGCAAUUUUCAAACCGAACUAACCUUGCUUUUCAAGCAACAUAUUAAAGAUCGCCACGGAAUUAAACAAAAAAACGACGACAAUUUGAUUGUGCAACACAACAAUCAAAAGUACGUUUGUGGAAAGUGUGGCUUUGAGACGCAUUUUUUGCUAACAUGGUUACGUCACAUGAGAGAGUGUCAGCAAUGUGCUUGUAAAACUAAAGAACACCCAAAUUUGAAACAGCAUAUUCAGCGGCAUCGUGGAGAUGAAAAAGACAUCACCUACAAGUGUGAAAAGUGUGAAGACAAAAACAAAUAUCGCACAUCUUUAGACAGAGACAUAAGAAUGCGGCAUGUAGACAAGUGGCACCAAUGCACUGUGUGUGCUUACAAGACAAUAUAUAAAGCCAAUUUGAAAAAACACAUUAACUUACGACAUGUGGACGACCUUGAUGCUAAAUGGUAUGAAUGUACACAUUGCUCAUAUAGAACUAAACACAAGACAUAUUUGAAGAGACACGUGAACGUUUUGCAUUUGGGCGAAAAGGACGCCAAGUGGUACGAAUGCCAGCAUUGUCCGUACAAGACUAAAUGUUGUUCGAACUUAACGAGACACGUGAGAAGCAAGCAUUUUAAUGAGAAAAGUAUCACGUGGUAUCAGUGCAACAAGUGUUCAUUUAAAACAAAACGCGAGCGGAUUUUACAGAAACACGUGGAGGCGUCGCGUUCGAAUAAACACGACAUGAAUUGGUACGCGUGUGAACAAUAUGACAAGGACGCCAAGUGGUACAAAUGCCAGCAUUGUCCGUACAAGAGUAGAGGUAGUUCGAACUUAACGAAACACGUGAAAAGUAAGCAUUUUAAUGGGGAAAGUAUCACGUGGUAUCAAUGCAACAGGUGUUCAUUUAAAACAAAACGCGAGCGGCUUUUACAGAAACACGUGGACGCGUCGCGUUCGAUCGAAUUCGAUAUGAAUUGGUACGAUUGUGAACAAUAUGAAAAGGACGCCAAGUGGUACAAAUGCCUACAUUGUCCAUACAAGACUAUAAAGAAUUCGAACAUAAAGAAACACGUGAAAAGCCAGCAUUUUCAUCUGAACACUAUCACGUGGUAUCAGUGCAACAAGUGUUCUUUUAAAACAAAAUAUCAGGAUAUUCUACAGACACACGUGGACGCGUCGCGUUUGAACGGACAAUGUGACAAGGAUGCCAAGUUGUACAAAUGCCAACAUUGUCCAUACGUGACUAGAGAUUAUUUGAACUUUAAGGACCACGUGAGGCAUUUGUGUGAGGAAAAUAUCACGUGGUAUAAGUGCGGGGAGUGUGAAUUUAAAACCAAACACAUGUAUAGUUUACGGAACCACGCGAAUAUGCACCGUUUGAAAGGGAAAGCUAUCACGUUGUAUAAGUGCGGGGAGUGUCCAUUUAAAUCAACAGAAUUGAAGCUUUUACGGCAACACAUGAUUGUGCAACAUAAGAAUGCGGACACGGUAUCAAAUGAAACGAUUGUGACAAGUGACAAUACAAAGCCCUGUAUCGCUCAUCUUUAAAGAAACAAACACAUAAAUGCACGCUAUUUGAUCGCAGACGAAAUCAAGUGGCACCAGUGCAAUGAGUGUCCCUUGAGGAAAAAACAAAAGGCAGUUUGAAAAGUCACAUUAAUACACGACAUCUGAACGAUCAGAACGCGAAAUGGUACGAAUACAAACAGUGCCCAUUUAAGGCUAAAUGUUACAAAUCUUUAAUCAAGCGAACAAAGACAGAGAGAGCGAGAACCCAUCAUUCGAAUGGGAAAAGUAUGUGUCCAUUUAAAACAAAACGAACAAACAAAAAUAUAAGGUGACGCAACGCUUAAAUGAAAUUGUAUGAUACUCGUGCGUGCUCGUGCGGCUCAAGUUAGACCAGUUCGCGCAGUGACGUCACGCGGAGAGUAGAAUUAUUGGAAUUUCAAUAUAAUCGCUAAUGUUUUUAAUUUUUAUUGUUAUAAUUUUUUAUGUAUUUAAAAAAAUGUGUUGU